GACCGUAUCGACCCGUUUGCCGAAGGGCCACAUUACGGGCCCGUUCUCGAGCCCUUCCUUGUGAGAGCGGUUUGUGCAACAAUUCGCAUCAAUCCCCUUCUAUCUCCACCCACAGAUUCGCACGAAGACUACCUCCGCUGGAACAUGACUUUUCCGACGAGCACAUGUUAUCGCACGACUGGGACAAGACGCUCUUGGAUCAAAGGGCGUGAAGCACCCGCCACUUUCCCGCGCCUGUCAUACAUCCGCAUCAUCUCACGCUCAUUCCCAUGGAUGAUCGCUGUGAAAGCGAGGCGCAAAAACAUUGGGGUGACUUGUGGCGAAGUGGUCGAGGCCAUUUCUGCCUAUAUGCACGGAGACGUUGCGAAAAAGGAAUAUGAGGGUGUUUCACACCGUCUGCGGCGGGAAAUUUGGGCAGCGUAUCAAUAUAAUCGCUCAACGGACAGUAACGUCCCUGGUGGCCACCUGGGUGAGCAGCUGAGGCGGCUUGAUUGGCUUGGCAGCAAUUCGAGGUGGGGUGGUGUUGUUCGCAAUGAUGAUUAUGUCAAGGAGGCCUGUGGAGACGUCCUGCCUUGCACUUUCGAGCUCAAGUGCAUCCCGAGUUACCCUCUUACUCCGGAGGAAGCCAACGAGCAGCAGCGGAUGGCGCGGCAUGCUGACCGUUCUCGUUCUCGCCCGAGGUCUGUGGGCUCUCGU